GGACCGCGCCUGAGUCUCCGGGUCGGGGCGGCGGCGCUUGGGUUCUUCCCGGGCCGCCCGCUCGCCCCGCGCCCAGCCCACGGGCCGGAGCGCAGGUGAGUGGCCCCGGGGCGGCGGCCGACGCCCUUCCCUCCCGCCUCUCCCACCGUCGUCCCCUCCGGGCGAGGAGGAGUCUCCUGGCGUCCAGCGCCCAGACCUCCGCCUGCAGGCUGUCGGAAUCCAAGGAUCCCUUUCAUUCUCUCUCCAUAUUGCCUGAUGGGAGGCAGUAUGGCCCCCAAAGACAUAAUGACAAAUACUCAUGCUAAAUCCAUCCUUAAUUCUAUGAACUCGCUCAGGAAGAGCAAUACCCUCUGUGAUGUGACACUGAGAGUGGAACAGAAAGACUUCCCUGCCCAUCGGAUUGUGUUGGCUGCCUGCAGCGAUUACUUCUGUGCCAUGUUCACCAGUGAGCUUUCAGAGAAGGGGAAACCGUAUGUAGAUAUCCAGGGUUUAACUGCCUCGACCAUGGAAAUCCUGUUGGACUUUGUGUACACUGAGACCGUGCACGUGACGGUGGAGAAUGUCCAGGAGCUGCUCCCUGCAGCCUGCCUGCUUCAGCUGAAAGGCGUGAAGCAAGCCUGCUGCGAGUUCUUGGAAAGCCAGCUGGACCCUUCUAACUGCCUGGGUAUCAGGGACUUUGCGGAAACUCACAACUGUGUUGAUCUGAUGCAAGCAGCUGAGGUUUUUAGCCAGAAGCAUUUUCCUGAAGUGGUGCAGCAUGAAGAAUUCAUUCUUCUCAGUCAAGGAGAGGUGGAAAAGCUCAUCAAGUGUGAUGAGAUCCAGGUGGAUUCCGAAGAGCCGGUCUUCGAGGCCGUCAUCAACUGGGUGAAGCACGCCAAGAAGGAGCGGGAAGAGUCUUUGCCGGACCUGCUGCAGUACGUCCGUAUGCCCCUGCUGACCCCCAGGUACAUCACGGAUGUCAUCGAUGCCGAGCCUUUCAUCCGCUGUAGUUUACAGUGCAGGGACCUCGUUGAUGAAGCAAAGAAGUUUCACCUGAGGCCUGAGCUGCGCAGUCAGAUGCAGGGACCCAGGACAAGGGCGCGUCUAGGAGCCAACGAAGUGCUUCUGGUGGUCGGGGGCUUCGGAAGCCAGCAGUCUCCCAUCGACGUGGUAGAGAAGUAUGACCCCAAGACUCAGGAGUGGAGCUUUUUGCCAAGCAUCACUCGGAAGAGACGCUACGUAGCCUCAGUGUCCCUUCACGACCGGAUCUACGUGAUUGGCGGCUAUGAUGGCCGUUCCCGUCUCAGCUCAGUGGAGUGUCUAGACUACACAGCAGACGAAGAUGGGGUCUGGUAUUCUGUGGCCCCUAUGAAUGUCCGACGAGGCCUGGCUGGAGCCACCACCUUAGGAGAUAUGAUCUAUGUCUCUGGGGGCUUUGACGGAAGCAGGCGUCACACCAGUAUGGAGCGGUAUGACCCAAACAUCGACCAGUGGAGCAUGCUGGGAGACAUGCAGACGGCCAGGGAAGGCGCCGGCCUCGUGGUGGCCAGCGGGGUCAUCUACUGCCUAGGAGGAUAUGAUGGCUUGAAUAUCUUAAAUUCAGUUGAGAAAUAUGAUCCCCAUACAGGACACUGGACUAACGUCACACCGAUGGCCACCAAGCGCUCUGGUGCGGGAGUAGCCCUGCUGAAUGACCAUAUUUAUGUGGUGGGGGGAUUCGAUGGUACAGCCCACCUUUCUUCUGUCGAAGCGUACAACAUUCGCACCGAUUCCUGGACAACGGUCACUAGCAUGACCACCCCGCGAUGCUACGUCGGGGCCACGGUGCUUCGGGGGAGACUUUAUGCAAUUGCAGGCUACGACGGGAACUCCCUGCUGAGCAGCAUCGAGUGCUACGACCCCAUCAUCGACAGCUGGGAGGUCGUGACCUCCAUGGGAACCCAGCGCUGCGACGCUGGCGUGUGUGUUCUCCGUGAGAAGUGACCGGUCCCAGAGACAGUUUGCAGGGAACCAAGGAUCCUUUCCAGAAUGUCUGUUUCUCACUGUGUGCACAGGGUGAUUACAGGCACCAGUGCCGCGAUGAUUGUGCUUAUUUGACGCCCCUCGCGCUGGUGGUUGUCCCGGAGGAGGGUGGGCAGCAGACCCUCAAGGGAGGAGACUGCACACUGAGUGGGUGUGAGAGGCCAGACCACCUCUCCUCCCGGCCGCGGGGGCGCUUUCUCCUCAUUUCUGACUCAGCGUGCGCUUGGGAGAAUAUACAUUUAAGUUGUGCCUCGCGUGUUGCAGAGAAUUCAGGUGAGUAUGAGCGCCGGGGUGUGGACAGUAUCCAGCCUCGAUGAUUGGAAGGAUACCAACUCUUGUUUUACAACAAUAAAUAUCUUUCCUAGUCUACAGGUAGCAGGGGCAACACAGUUCCGUUCUGGAGGAAAACAGAGGGAAGAGCCCUGUCAAAACUUCGGGGGCCUGGGGAGAGGGGGAUAGGGUUGGCGUCAGAGCUGGGUGUAGAGUGUGGGAAGGGAGCUGGACGUGGUGGAAUGUGAGUGAACCUGCGACAGCUGGAAGGCUGAGGAGGGAGUGUUAUUUGAGGGUCUUUCCGUGGCCCCCUGGUAUUUCUGGGCCCUGGGGACUGAGAGAGUAACAGAGCCAGCACAUGUUAGGUGAGCAGAGGUGGAGGAGAAGUGGGUCUUCAGUGGGCCAGGGAUAAACCAGAAGUUCCUGUGAUUUCACAGUAGUCCUCCCUGCCGUGACUCAUCUAUAUGGGGAAGGUCUUCCUCUGUUGAAUCAAACACUACUCACUCCACUGUUACGCGUCCAUACUGUUUAGAGGGGGCGGGGGAGGGGCGGGGGUGGCAGCCGCCUAGAAGUUCAGCUGCCUGAUUACUCCCUCAUUCUUUUAAGGGCAUACUUCUGCUAAGGUGUGGUUUUUACUGCUGUGUUUUGUACAUGUAGUUCUUUGCUAUUAGAACGCCCCUUCCCUGUCUUUAAAGUGGAUUUUAUUCAUCCCAGGACAGAAUAAUCAACGAGAACUAAAAUCCUUUUGUUAGUUUCGGUACCCGCUGUCCCUCCAAGGCUCCCCUGUGCUGUGCAGUGACAUUCCUGCUCUGUGGGUAUUGGGAGUGUGGGGACGUGAUCACCUAAAGAAGGAUGCAUUUUCCCUUUGCUCUGAAAUUCCUUUUUUUCCUCUUUCCCUGAGUUGUACUGACCUCAAGUUCAUUUUGUUUGUACUUUUUUUUAAGAAAAUAUUGAAAAUCAA